GUCUCGUCCGUCCAGGACGAAACUUCGAACAUCAACUCUUAAAUCAGGAAACUUCGGGAGAUUUUUUCCUCCCUGGAAUAAAUUUGAAGAGGACUUUGAACUGAUCAAGAAAGAUGAAGACGGCGCCGCACAAAGGCCCUGGCUCAUGGCUGUUCAAGAUGUCACCAGACAAGCAGGACACGCUGCUUAAGUUGGCCAUUCUUACCAUGGCUGCUAUUCUCUCAUUUGCGACUCGUCUCUUCUCGGUGUUGAGAUUUGAGAGUGUGAUCCACGAGUUUGAUCCGUACUUCAACUACAGGACAACACGAUUCCUCACUGAAGAGGGCUUCUAUAACUUCCACAACUGGUUUGAUGACAGGGCAUGGUACCCCCUGGGCCGUAUCAUUGGAGGCACCAUCUAUCCAGGCUUGAUGGUGACUUCGGCCACUAUUUAUCACUUUUUGAGGUUUCUGAACAUCACAAUAGAGAUCCGUAACGUAUGUGUGUUCCUCGCCCCACUCUUCUCCAGCCUCACUACGCUUGUUACAUACCAGUUCACCAAGGAACUUAAGGAUGCUGGUGCGGGCCUGGUGGCUGCUGCCAUGAUUUCCAUCGUCCCUGGUUACAUCUCGCGUUCCGUGGCUGGGUCGUAUGAUAAUGAGGGUAUCGCUAUAUUCUGUAUGCUGCUGACCUACAUGUUGUGGAUCAAGUCCGUGAAGUCCGGCUCCAUCUUCUGGGCAUCGCUCUGCUCUCUGGCGUACUUCUACAUGGUGUCGUCCUGGGGAGGUUAUGUGUUCCUGAUCAACUUGAUCCCUCUUCAUGUCCUGGCGCUCAUGUUCACUGGCCGAUUCUCACACAGGGUUUACGUCGCCUACUCAACGGUGUACUGCCUGGGUACCAUCCUUUCCAUGCAGAUCUCGUUUGUGGGAUUCCAGCCUGUGCAGUCCAGUGAACAUAUGGCGGCAUUGGGAGUGUUUGGUUUAUGUCAGAUUCAUGCCUUUGUGGACUACGUGCGAUCCAAGAUGACCUACGAACAGUUCAAUGUUCUUUUCCGCACACUUGUGUUCGCUGUUGGGGCUGUUUGCACGGCAACAGCUGCCGUUUUUACUGCAACUGGAAAAAUUUCUCCAUGGACCGGCCGUUUUUACUCUCUCCUCGAUCCGUCUUACGCCAAGAACAACAUUCCCAUCAUCGCAUCUGUGUCAGAACAUCAGCCCACUACAUGGAGUUCAUUCUACUUUGAUCUUCAGAUGCUUGUUUUUAUGUUUCCAGCUGGCCUUUACUUCUGUUUCAACCGCCUGACAGAUGCUAACAUAUUUAUCAUAAUGUAUGGAGUAACCAGUAUCUAUUUUGCCGGAGUGAUGGUGCGUCUGAUGUUGGUGCUUGCCCCGGUCAUGUGCAUCCUGUCUGGAAUUGGGGUGUCUGCUACACUCAACUCCUACAUGAAAAAUUUGGACUCGUCCAAGAGAGACAAAAAGUCGAAGAAGGUUGAUGGCACUUACCCAAUCAAAAACGAGAUAGCUACAGGUGUGGUUGUCAUGGUGACCUGUUUCUUGAUCACGUACACCUUCCACUGCACCUGGGUGACUUCAGAGGCGUACUCUAGUCCUUCGAUCGUCCUCUCUGCACGAUCUGGUGAUGGAGGCCGAAUCAUCUUUGAUGACUUCAGAGAGGCGUACUAUUGGCUUAGACACAACACCCCCGAGGAUGCGAAAGUGAUGUCGUGGUGGGAUUAUGGGUAUCAGAUAACGGCCAUGGCAAAUCGGACGAUUUUAGUGGACAAUAACACAUGGAAUAAUACACACAUAUCAAGAGUUGGCCAGGCCAUGGCGUCACCAGAAGAAAAAGCUUACGAGAUAAUGCGCGAGUUGGAUGUGAAUUACGUGCUGGUCAUAUUUGGUGGUUUAACAGGCUAUUCGUCGGAUGACAUCAACAAGUUCCUGUGGAUGGUGCGGAUAGGUGGCAGCACAGACCGCGGGCGACAUAUAAAGGAGCAGGAUUACUACACGCCCCAGGGGGAAUUUCGGGUAGACAAGGAGGGUUCCCCGGUACUUCUCAACUGUCUGAUGUACAAGAUGUGUUACUACAGGUUUGGGGCAGUCUACACAGAGCAAGGUAAGCCGACUGGGUACGACAGAGUUCGUAACACGGAGAUUGGUAACAAAGACUUUGAGCUGGACAUUUUAGAAGAGGCUUACACAACAGAGCACUGGCUUGUACGCAUCUACAAAGUCAAAGAUUUAGAGAACCGAGGAAUUUAAUUCCAGAAAAAAAAAAAUAUUCUAUAAUCAUGAAAUAAAUAUAGCCAUUUUUUUUUAAAACAUCAUAGUGUAGCAUGACAUUCCCUGCUGGAAAGGUAUGAAAUACAUUGAAUAUUAAGAUUAUUAAGAUUGUGAUAAUUUUGUAAGAAUUAUCACAGAAAUUCAGAGAUUUUUGGCUUCUGCCAUAAAGAAUAACUUUAGAUUUCUCAGAGCAGUUAAUCUAAUAUGGCAGUGAAUUUAAAAGAGGAAUGUAUGAAUAUCAUGAUUUAAGCUUAAAUGACCAGUUUUAAGUGUAAAGCUGUGUUAAAUAUGGAAGAUUGUCAGUAUUGUAAAUUAGAGAUCCAUCAUCAGUUUUUAUCCAGCUGUAUAACUUAGCAAAAGCUUAUUUCAACUUGGUGUGUGUUAGACCAUGGACCAAAACCAGGACAUUGUCGCCACUGUGAAGGCAUAGAUUUCCUUGUGAUGUAAAAAGGCCUGGCAACACCUACAAUGUAUACGUUGAUACAUACUACAGCGGCUAACAAGUGGAGAACCAUUUAUAGCGCAGGUUUAUUUAGUCCUCAUGUCAUGCUGAAUUUUGUACAGGUAACUGUUAAAAAUGACACAUAACACAUUUCAAAUUUGAAAGUAUGAGUGGUUAUAUUGUACACACAUCUGUAGUUAACAUACAUCUGUAGUUGACAUCUGCCUACAUUUACACUGUGUGGUGUAUUUGUGACAGGAAUGCCUUCAUCAGGAUUACUGUAUAUACUCUAUAUAUGUCUACAUGCAUAUUACUGGUAUGGAUUUCACAUUGGUACUGCUGACUACCCAAUAAAAAAAAAUGGAAAUAUAAUUCAAGUUUUUUUGUUCUAAAUAGAAAAUGAGCUGAAAGGUUUUUCUUGUUUUGAGUUGAAUAGUUUUUAUUAAGUAAACAGUGAUAUAUCUUUGGAUGGAUUGUGGUUUAUAACAUGCUUAUCUUUGCAUCACUAGAACAUGAGGAUGUUGGUUCAGUCCCAUUCUCAGACUGGUGAUCCUCAAGCUUCCUCGUGCAUAAGGAGGUUUAUGUAGUCUUGCAUGAAGUUCAUUUGGAUCACUUCCCUUUCAGCAGUAUGGCCUAUACCUUGAGCUCUCUCAGAGUGAAAAUCUGUGGUUCGCAUAUGGGAAAGUUCAUUAAUUCCUUGUCAAAGGCCGAUGGAUAACAAAUGUGUGAAAACUUCUUCAGUAAUGGUGUUGAACAGCAUACAAAUAAAUAAUGCUCAUCAACAUGAGGCAGAUACAUCCAAGGCUCUCAAUGUUAUUAGGCAGCAUUGGUGACCUUAUUGCAGCAAGCAUAUGUCUGGUGUUUGUGUAUUAGAUCGAUGUUUUACUCUAUGCUCUGGACUAUUUAGUGCCAGAAAGAGGAAACUUCUCUCUAGAAACCUGACAUUAUUCUGAUGUAAAGUCACAGCUGGGCAAGACACCACUGGUCACUGAAAUGGGGUGGUCAUUUCUUGGGAUGAUCCAUUGGAAAGUUUGACCAACAACGGUUCAGGUCCUGUCUUCCCUGCAUGACCAGCUGCGGAUUUGAACCAGUGAUCUGUACGACCGGAGUCCAUCUUUUUAACACUAGACUAAGGGGAAAUGCCUUCCAAAUAAUUUUAAAUUGCUUAAACUUACACUGUUGUAUUCUAUAGUGAAAUGAGUUUCCACAACAUGUCUGUGUUCAGAAGUAUUGAGACAGAUGUUACAAUUAACACUGUCACAGUGUCAACGUUGCAACUUGGCUCCUCAAAACAUGCGACACAGGAAGGUCCUGUUGACAAGACAAGACAAGCAUUCCUAUGAAGAUGGCACAGGCGAAUCGCACCAGCAAACUACACCCGACAUUGAUCGAAACUCUUACACUAUGGACUCCCAAGAAGUCCAUACCAUUUCUUUCAGACAGUAUGGUUGACACAUGUCAGAUAGUACUGCAAGCCCAAUAGAUUCAGAUGCCUCAGCCAAGAGUAAGGGAGGUAAGUCUGUACAGCCAUAAGGUUGCUCAGUAAUUGAAUCUCAUCCACCUGGCAUUGCUUGGUGAUGAGGUUGUGCUGGAGUUCUGCUUCAGGUUUUGGGCAGGUGGACGGGGCACAUACAUGUACCCUGUCUCCCCCAUAGGCACUAGAUCUUCUGAUUCUAGGGUAGCCUCUGUUCUUCAACCAUUUACUUGUCGUUACCAUAGCAAUCCUGUACAAAUGAAGGAAUAGUAC